AUGGCUAUUAAACCUAACUGCGUCGCAAAAUACGUUGAAUGCAUUACACCUAAUAUUAUACUCUCAGAACGACGACGACAACGACAGCGAUCACAAGCAGUCAACAUCGUCUUCUUUGACGUCCUUCGUUGUUCCAAUAACGCAUUACAACUAUCCCCCCGACCACACGAGCUCAUGUUGCAGUAUUCCGCUCAACCGAUUCCCCUUCCUCUUCCCUAUAAACAGAAUCGUACUAAAGAUAUUCCCCAUAAUGACUACCCACAUGCACAUUCUCGUCUUUUCAACAGGCGUUUCGCUAAAGAACAAAUUCGCAAACAACCUUCUUCCGUUCUGACUCCACCUGUUUUACCAAUUUCUAUUCCAUCCCCAAUUUCUAUUCCAUCGCCACCUUUACCACCAAGCCCAAUUCUUCCAUCAGUAUCAUCUCUCAUAGAAGAUGUCUUAGCUCCAGGUGACCUCGUAGGCGAGGACCUACUUCUCCAGGGCGAUCCAGUUCGUCCUUGCGUCCUCGCUCCAAUAGAUAUGAACACUGCAAAAGAAUUCCAAGUCGUUCGUAGACUAGGAACAGGCAGCUAUGCAGUCGUCUAUCUUGUCCGUGAAGUCAUCUCCCGUAUGCCCAUCAGCGACGACGGCCACGUUGGCGUCCUUGAUCUCGAUCCAACCCCUCCACCUAUCCACAGCUUACAUGAAGUCACAAUACACCAAUCCCUCUCUCCACAUCCGAACAUUGUCACACUCCACCGUACCCUCGAGACUGACGCUUUUCUACUCCUUGUCUUGGAGUUUGUCCCUGGCGAAGAUCUCUUUUAUUUCCUCGAACAAGCACGCGAUCACUAUGCCCCAGACGAGAACACAGAGAGCAAGACUCCUCCUACCCCUUCUCUUCUCGCCUCUCUUCACCCCUCUGCGUUACUAAGCCAUACCCGCCUUAGACUCAUCGCAAGCAUGUUCGCCCAAAUGUGCGAUGCAGUCGCCGCAUGUCAUGACCAGCGUGUCUUCCACCGCGAUAUCAAGCCAGAAAACUUUAUCGUCACAGACGGCUACGCACCUUCUUCCUCUUCAGACAACAUGGAGCGCAAAGUCCUAGUCAAACUCACGGACUUUGGCCUGAGCACAAAUGAGGUGGAAAGCGCCGACAUGGACUGUGGGAGCGCGCCCUACAUGAGCUUCGAGUGCCGUAAUAACGUAGCUCCGACCUACAGCCCCGAGAGAAGCGACGUCUGGAGUCUUGGUAUCGUCUUGAUCAAUAUGUUGUACCACUAUAAUCCAUGGACAGACACCUCUGACGGUGCCUGUUCCUCUUUUUCUCUGUUCCGCGCACACGGCGCCCACUUUUUCAUGCAGCGCUUUACCGGUAUGACCUGGCCCGUCGCCGAGUUCCUCACCCAGCGCAUAUUCGUCCUACCCCCAUUUGACGCUAGCCACAUGCCUGUCACUGCCCGCCAAUUCGGUGCAUGGAUCAAGGAUCUCCCUACCCUCCUGUGCGAUCGCGAGCCCUCCCACAGAGGCCACAAGCGUGUCCUCAGCACAGCCUCAUCAACACUCGGCCACCCCCUCUCCUCAUGCCCGCCCUCUCGCCGCCCCUCAUCCCGCGCAGCACUGCGCACCCCACUCGUAUGCAGCAGGUCACUGAGCAGAGCUCCAAGUGUCGGUGGUGUCCUCGUCGAAGAACCCGAAGACCUCUCUCGUGAGCGCCAAGACGAGCACAACGAAGACGACGACGGACGGUCACGAUCGACGAAGAAACGGGGAAAGCGCGGGUCGCGAAAAGCAGCGCAGAAAACGACAACGGACGAGACACUCCAGACGCUUGCUGUCGCUUCGCAGAGCUUGGCACGGGAGAUCAGUCUUGCGAGUCGGGGUGCAAGCCGCUCGUCGCUUGGUAUCGUUGAUUUGGACAGGAAUGCAAGUCAUGCUUCGAGCCUUGCAAGGCUUGCCACUGUGGAGACGGAAGCGCCGAGGCCUGUAGUCGCGAAGAAGCCAAGCAAGUGGAAGUUGGGUUUCGGGAGCGGCAAGACUAUUGUUACACCCACGGAAGAGACACCAGUGACAGGCACCGCGAGCAACGUCACCACUCUUAUCAUGGGGCUCUCCCAACCUACACUAAAUCCAAGCGGCGGUCCCAAACCCUCGCCGUACAACACGCACAAUGCUAUCAAUGUCAACUCGAGCACGAGUGUCAAUGGUGGUGUGUACAACCCGCUUACGAGACAGCGGAGUCCGGCGGACGAGGCACGCACGUGGGCGCGCGGGCGGAGACCUGGUUCGUCUACGUUUAGCACUGCCUUCAGCACCGCCGCUCCUUCUGUCAACAACGGGAACUCCAACGUCAACGCAAACGGGAGCACAAGAGGUCAUUCACCACCAGGCAGCGUCCGCAGCACCAACUGGCGAAGCUCGAUGAGCAGCGCAAGCACGAGCACCUCUGCAUUCACGCGGUACAGCAAUUCAAGCGUGAGGAGCGUGUCGACGACUGCUACGAGUGUGAGUAGUGGCAGUGGCAAUUGGAGGAAUGGGGGGCAGGCUACAACACAGGUUCCGAAGAAUAUCAAGAUCAUGAAUGGUGUCCCUUGGGAACUCGACGAGCUUCCACGGCAGCUCCAUAUUAAUCCCGUAGGCGAUAUCUUCGGACAGCCUCCCCAGCGGAAAGCGCGGACGAAGAAACCGAAGCUGGAUACGAUUAGCGAGAAGCCUGCGCCGCUGAGGGAUGCUGCUACUAGUACGACUGAUUUGGGGGGUGGUGAGGAGGAGACGCCGAAAAAGGUGCAGAAGGGCCAGAUCCAUGCGCUGGCAAAGAUGCUCUCUGCUUUGAGGCUCUGA